AUGACCACCCCUACCCCCAAAAUCAAUCUCGUCCGGAUAGCACACAUAAACUAUACCUACCAAAACCUUGAAAGAGCCGAAGCCUUCUUCCGCGACUUUGGCUUUGUAGAGGCCUCUCGCGAGGGCACCUGCGUAUACUACCGGGGCUAUGGGCCCGAACCCUUCGUCCUCUGCGCCGAAGCCGGUGCCAAAGACUGCUUCGGCGGCGCGGCCUUUGUCGUUGAGUCCGAAGAGGAUCUCUUGUAUGCCUCCAAGACGCUCCCAGGAGCUUCGGGGCCGUACGAGUUGAGUAAGGCGCCCGGCGGUGGCCGGUGCGUGACGUUCGAGGGCGGUGUUGAUAAGUUUCCCUUUCACCUUGUUUUCGGCCAGGUGAUGCGGGAGAAGGCGACGGUGUUCCCGGAACGAGAGUUCAAUUUUCCGACUGAGAAGCAUAGAGAUGCGGGCACAUUUCAGCGGUUUGAUAAAGGCCCGGCACCUGUGCACAAAUUGGGACACUUUGGCGCAUGCGUGACGGAUUUCCAGCAAACGUACGACUUCUUCACAACUCGGUUCAACUUCAUCCCCAGCGACGUAAGUCAAAUAUACUCCCUGAAUCUAUCCCCUUGUGUCAUCCUGGUGCCCGAAAAGAAGUAA